AUGGAGGAAGCAGAGGAAACGCCAAUCUCUCGCACGGUCUACGAAGUGCAAAGAGAUUUUGGCUUCAGCAGUGGGCUGCGUUCCGAAAUUAUUUGGGAUUCCUUAGCCCCUGAUCAAGGGGAUGUGCUUAAGCAGAAGAUAGAGAACCUCAUUCGCGAGGACGACGCCCGGAAUGCCAAGGCAAUACAACGAAGGCGGGAUCAGCUUUUCCGGAAUAUUUGGCAGCAGCGUCGCUACACCAAUGGCACGCUACUAUCCGCCAUCAUCUACGUGCUGGUCACGCCAGAUACGGACCCGGAAUCGGCCCUGGAAUCCACCAAUUACAGCUGUCAUCCGGUUUUCCGCACUCGGCGCUGCAUGAAAGGCGAGAACAGCGCCGCCUGUUGCAUGAUCUUUGUGGACGAAAAUGCCCGGGUGUACUCCAAUUGGGAGCAGUUUGUCUUCCGAAACACCCUGCCCAAGGGCCUGAUGAUUGCCCCCAGCCAAGGAGUCUACACCUUCAGCGAUGGCGAGGAGCCCGGCGUCCAAUUGAUGGUCCAUCCCACGCCCGCGACACGAGGACGGUAUAGAUUACUCAAUGCCGGCGAUAAAGUUGCCACUGUGGGUGGGCUGGUGGCCAGUGUUCCGGCUGCAGCUGCUCUGGCGGUGCCUCUGGCCGCUCCCCUGGUGAUUGCCGCCACCGCUGUGGGCGUAGCCACCGGUGUCUACAGCACUCUGCGCUCGGCCUCCCAUCUCAUUGACCGCCGACGGCACGGUCAGUCCACGUGGAUUACAGAUGGUGACGCUCGUUGCUCCUGGCUGGGUGUGGCAGGUGGUGUUGUGGGUCUGGGCGCCACCGGGGCCACUAAGGCCCUGGCCACGGCUGCCGGUGCAGGCUACAAAGUAAACCCCGCUGCCCAGUUGGCUGUGAGGGGCAUAAAUGGUGCCUCAGCGGUAAUCGCGGGAACCGGCGUGGUCAAUGGUGUUUACGAUUUGUAUUUGAAAAUUGGCGAUGAUCAAGCCAUUAACAGUUUGGAUAUGCUGCAAAUGGCCUCCCACCUGGUCAUUUUCACUCAUUCCAUUAACAAUAUGCGCAUAGCUUCCAAGGCCACCAAUGGCUCUUCCUUAAGGAAAGCGCUUCGCAAUCAAACCAGAAAAGUGAUUGAUCGCAUCUCCCAGGAGUCAGUUAAGUUGCACAAUGAAUCUGGCCAGUUUGAUAUUGUGCGCACGCUUAACGAAAUUCCCUUCAAGGAGGCACUCCUCAGCCUCCAUAACAUCAACUCGCAUCUGAGUCAGGGACUCACAGUGGCCACAACAUUGCUACCCCAAAUUCUGAGUCUGGGCAGUGGCGGUCAGGUGCUCGUCAAUCUGGAAAUGUUGGCUCAAAAGUUCGGCGGCAAGUUUGCCCAGCACAUUGGAAAUCUGUCCAGUUUUGCUGACGUUCUAGAGGCCAUGGCUAGAUACUUUACGGAUCAGGCAGUGCAGCUCCUUAUGCAGAUGACCCGCACUUUUGUGGAGGAGAACGUAGACUCUAUUGAUCGCACGCUGAACACGUUCGUGUCCACGGAGGCUGUGCUCUUUCGCAUUCUAAUGCACUGCGUCAACACCUUUGAUAAUUUUGCAGAGGAUUUCUUGCGGAGCCGCCGCGAGGAUAUCCUGCUGGUGGUGUCCAAGUAUUUUCGGUCUCUGGAGACGGUUGGCGAGAAGAACUGCCGCAAGUACAAAUGCUCCGUUUGCAAAGGCGCUUAUUAUAUAAGUUCCAUAUAGGAUACCUUUCUGAUUUAAGAGGUGUUUAAUUCAAAGACCCUAUUGUAUUUGUAUUCCCAAAGUAUGCUAGAUAUUAUUUUUUCAAGUGCUUAGUUCCUCACCCCUCGAAAUUGUCUGUUACUAAGCUUAAAAUUUUGUGAAUAAUCAUUGAUCGAGCAACUAUAUGUCAACCACAUUGCAAGCUCUAUAUUAUGAUAGUUAUGAUCUCAUUAUAAUUUAGGCCUAUCCAUAAAAUACUUUUAUUUGUUUUAAGGCUUAUGUGCUGUGAGAUUCUCUGCAUAAUAUUUGUAUUUAAUUGCCCCUCUAACCUUUAUAAAAACUAAUUUUAUUUCAAUCAGGAGAA